UGUAAUGCCUCCACUCAGAGAGUCAGAAAUGAGUCUGACACUUUUAGAAAAUGAAGAACGGUGUUUCGGUGGAAUGACAUUUUUUGCACAAAGUCAUCCAAUUGAAGUUUGCGGAAGUAAUGGUUUACCGCUUACACCAAAUUCAAUAACCAUAUAUGGAAAGUCACAAUUCCUGAAAACUAUUCACCACCCGAAUUUAUCAACUUACCUUGACAUAAUCAGGAGUAAACAUGAGAGGAUAGUGGUAGUUACGGAAUAUAAUGGAGAUCCAUUAAGUAAUAAGGAAAACUUAAGUAUAGAUGAUAUUAUGAAAAUAGCAUUUCAAUGCUUAUUAGGCUUGGAACAUAUGAACAUGUUAGAUCUAGUGCACAGACAUUUAAGUCCAGAAAAUAUACUCAUUAAUAAAAGUGGAAAUGUACAAUUAUAUAAUUUUGGUUUAUAUUAUAUGACUGAUAGUGAAAAGAAUGUGUCUUUUCCGAUUGGUUACCCAAAGUAUACAACACCUGAAGUAUUUUUAAGUUCUGGUAUUAGUAGUCCGAAAGUAGAUUCUUGGUCUCUGGGUAUGAUUAUUGCAGAAUUACUAUUAGGGAGACCUAUAUGGCCAGCUGUAAAAUUAUCUCAAUGUUUGAGGAAAGUUCUUAGUUUAAUACAUUGUGAGACUUCUGUAUUCGAACGUUUGGCAAGGGAAAAUAAUUACUACAAUACUUAUAUGGAAUUACCUGACAACGUGAAAGAAUUUGUAGAUUGUUGUCUCCAAAUACACCCCUCAAAACGUAAAACACCUAAAGAAUUGUUAAAGCUGCCAAUAUUUAAAGAAUUCUUGUUGAACAAUGAAAAAGAAAGGGAAGAAAAGCGUUAUAACAACAUUAUUGUAAGAAAAAUGGAUGAGUUAUACUAUUUAUGGCAGUUGGCGGGUGGGGACAUUACUGUGGAACUAAAGAAACAAGGUCUUAUCAGAUCACGACCGCCUAUUCUAUCUAUUCCAAAUCUAGUUAUACUCUUAGGUCAAAUGUUCGGGCGUAGAGACACUGCUGGCUUACUUGAUCUUCGUGUGGUCAAAGUGCCUCUCGAUACACUCAGACAACGAUUAUCUCAUAUUCCGUAUAUAGCAAAUUAUCCGUGGUUAACAAAUGAGUAAGUAUACUGAAACUGUGUUAGUAAAAUUUCUAUAUUUUCAACUCGUUAAUUUGAAUAUCAAUUUUACAGAAUUAUUUUAUAUGAUAGAUUAUUACAGGUUUAUCCCAUUACUAGAGAAGCAAUUAUAGAAGAAGCACAUAAAGAUAUACCACCACCUGUUCGAGGAGCUGUAUGGGCAGCAUUACUUGGUAUUACUGGUGAUAUUCAAAAGCGCUAUGAUAUGAUUGAUAAAGAAACACCCACUCAUACAGAUAGACAGAUUGAAGUAGAUAUACCAAGAUGUCAUCAAUACAGUGAACUAUUGUCAUCUGGUGCUGGUCAUGAGGGAUUACAAAGAUUAUUAAAAGCAUGGGUACGAAAUAAUCCUCAUUAUGUUUACUGGCAAGGAUUAGAUUCUUUAACAGCUCCAUUUCUCUAUCUUAAUUUUAAUAAUGAAGCUAGAGCAUUUGAAUGCUUAUCUACUUUUAUACCGAAAUAUCUUCAUAAAUUCUUUUUGAAAGAUAAUUCGGCUAUUAUUCAAGAAUAUUUAGGAAAAUUUUCACAAAUUAUAGCAUUUCAUGACUCUCAAUUGGCUAAUCAUCUCAGAUCGAUUAAUUUUGUACCAGAAUUGUUUGCUAUACCGUGGUUUUUAACAAUGUUUUCACAUGUAUUUCCACUUCAUAAAAUACUUCACUUAUGGGAUAAACUUUUAUUAGGAAAUUCUUCAUUUCCACUUUUAGUUGGUGUAGCGAUAUUAAAACAGUUACGCGAUUCCCUUUUAACUUCCGGUUUCAAUGAAUGUAUUCUUUUAUUUUCUGAUCUUCCUGAAAUAGAUAUUGAAUUAUGCGUUAAAGAUUCUAUGAUAAUGUAUCAAAACACACCAGCCAGCAUUACGUAUAGAAAACAUCAGUUUAAUCAACCAAAGGAUAUGAAUUGGCCUGAACCUGAACCAGACACCGAAAAAAUGCCAAGAAUCAGCGUAGAUGACUUUUUAAAUUUAUUAGAAAACAAUCCAGAAAGGUUAAUAGUUGUCGAUGUACGUAAUAACAUACAAUUUGAAAGAGGUGCUGUAGCAGGAAGUAUUAACAUUCCAUUUACGAGUGUACAACUGUCUCAAACUCAAAUUGAAACUCUUGGACCGCAAGCCAAACCGAUCGCGGAAAAUAAAAACAAUAUUGUUGUAAUCAUAGGACCUCAUGAUCAAAAUAAUGCCCUGGUAAAUGUAUUAUUCAUUGUAAUGAAAGAAUCUUUUAUAGUUUGCAGAUUUUCUUGUGAAAUGUGGAAUUAUGGGAGUAUGUUCAUUACAAGGAGGGAUUUUUGCCCUGCGAUCAAAGUCUCCAAGCGUUAUUGUAGCCACACGUUAAAGGAAAUACUAUAUGUACAUUUGUGAAAUCCUUUCUUAUGAAGUAUAUUAAGAUUGCAUUUAACACUUGUAAUGGUUAUAAUUUGUAUAUACACAAAAUAUUAAUUUUGUUACAUUGCUUGUAUGUUUCGACUUAUAUGGUUAUAAAAUUUGUACAAAAAAAUUAA